AUGUAUAUCAUCCUUGAUAUCAUGUCUAAGAUUUUUCAUUUGAUUAACAAACAUUUGUCUUCAAGGUUGAGCUUGUCAUUUUGUCUACAAACCCUAAUGACGUAUUGACGUGACUUAGUUGUUGUAUAUUAAAUCACGCAAAUCUAAAAUUUAUAAAAUUAUAAAAUACGAAUUUUCAGAUAUUUAGAAGUAUUUCUGAACAAAAAUAUCAAUUAUAAUUUAAUAAAAGUUCCAAAAAUAGUGGUAAUUUUCCAGGUCGAUCACAGGGAUGUAAUAUAAUAUCUGGUAAUUAUUCAGAAUUUUCCUCAGAGAAUACUAUUUUAUAUGAAUUUUAUACUAAGAAAUGAAAAGAAAAUACAUUUAAAAUUCACGAAAAAAAGGAAAUAAGGGUGCGGACGUCAGGAUGAUGUCAGCGCCCCGCGAAUGCGAAUCGGGUGGAAACAGAGUUCUGCCCGACGAUUCUUACGUAAGCGAUUAUAGAUGAUUUAAUUAAUCAAAUUAAGAUUUGUAAAAGCUGGAAGAAUCGUAAUAGAAUAAAGUAUAUUUUGGUAAAUUAAAAUCACAAAAAAUUUCACUAAAUGAAGCGUAAAUUAAGUUGAAAGUAGGAAAACAGAGUUACGGCGUCGUGACGGCGAUGCGUCGGCGAUGCACUAGAAUCCUGAGCAUUCGGGAGGAUCGUCGUGUAGUGUCCACGGCCUCGAAGGCUCUCCUUGGACAAAGACGAUGUGGGCAAUCUCUAGAUCUCCUUUCGAAGUCUAGAGAUCAAUAGAAUGGGUCGUCGACUCGUCUCCGGUGGCUGUCACCCGGCGGAGCGGAAAAAUGACGACUUUGCGGCUCUCCGGCGGCUGUCACCCGACGGAGAUGACCUGGAUGGAGGUGGGGCGCAUGUUAGGGAGCUUCAUCCUCAGGUCCGCGCAGCAAGAGGAGGCUCUUCAUCGCAUCUGGUACGCUCUCAGGGGGUGGCGACUCGUCUCCUGGUGGAUCGUCCUCUUCCCGACGACGGCUUGUUCGUCGAUCAAUCGGAGAUGAUUUACUCGAUGGAUUCGCAAUCCUUUUAUUGCGAAUCGUUCAUAAAUUUUAGUAGCAAUGUUCCGCGAAUCGCGUUGACGAGAUUUUCGCCGAGGAUCCAGCGAUUCUCGUUGCUUAAUCCUUCACUAGCGAUCUGCAGGAAAGUCGCAAUAAUUAGAUAAAAAUAUAUGACUUUUGACUCUAGGAGGAUUCGAACCCGCACCGGUCGCCCGCCUCUUUUGAGGAAGGUGUGACGCGGGUUUAGUCCCACAUCGGUUGUGCGCCGAUUUUUCGGGCGAAUAUAUAGUAAUGUUAGCUUUCUAAGCAAAGUCCCUUCUCUUGCGUGUACGACCACUCCUUGCCCCACAACCGACUGGCCACCAGUGACGUGGAAGGGGAGUAGCGCACACGCGCCCUAUCGGUCCAAGCCGCUCAAGCCCCUGCUCACGGCUACUCCCCGACUGCGCUUCCGACCUGCUUACGGGCCCGGCUGGCCGGCGGGUCCCCCUAUUUUGCAAUAUUUUUAUUUUUAUUUCUUGUUCUUCAUUUAUCUCAAAAGUAAGACUGUAAAAAUCAUAUAAAAUCACAUAAUUACCUAAAAAUUCACAUUAAUCAACUGAAAACCACUUUUCACACUUUAACACAAAUAUAAGUCUAUUUAUCAUGAGUUAAGGCUAAAACUAUAUUAUUUACUAAUUAUUAACUCAUGAUAAUAAAGACUUAUAACGUAUUAUUGUACAAGGUGUGAGAGAUAUACCUUAAGUUCUCAUAUGCUUCAAAAUAUGCGGGUCUUUCAUAUAUAACCCUUUGAAGGUUCUUUCUAAAGAUUUGUAACACUUCAAUAGGACAGAAUAACAGGAGGAGAACGACUAGGAGAACGACGACAAAAAAGCUCUUGGAUUUUCACCAAAACCAAGGGACGAAUGCACGAAAAUAA